AUAAAUAUUUGAACUCCGAUCUCGACCAUUAUUUGCGUCGGGAUCAUUAACAAGAACUUUUCUACAUUGCAACGCAGUAUUUGCCGGUUACACCAAUCAAAACUAUUUUUGUUGGCCCUUUUUCAUAAUCAGAGAUGGCGACAGCAGCUGUCAAAGAAGAGCCUAUCGAGGAAGUGGACUUUGAAACAAGAUUUAUUAUGCUGUGUCAGGCCUCUCCAGAGGGAAUCACAGAUAAUGUGAUUCAGAAGGAGCUUCCCCAGUGUGACACCAAACAGAGAAUGACCAUUGUCAACAGACUGCUCUCCAUGGGCAAAAUAGAUUUAUUAAAAAGUGGAAGCAAGCUUUUGUACAGACUAAAGGAUCCAGACUCUGCAAGCCAAGUGAAAGGAGGAGAUAAUCAAGAAAAAUUGGUUUAUCAGAUCAUUAAGGAUGCUGGAAACAAAGGUAUAUGGAUCAGAGACAUUAGAUUCAAGUGCAAUCUACUUUUAACUCAAGUCAACAAGAUCCUAAAGAACCUGGAAACCAAGAAACUGAUUAAAGCUGUCAAGUCUGUGGCAGCUUCUAAGAAGAAAGUGUACAUGUUGUACAACUUGGAGCCUGACCGCUCAGUCACCGGUGGGGCAUGGUAUAGUGACCAGGAUUUUGAGUCAGAGUUUGUUGAAGUUCUGAACCAACAAUGUUUCAAAUAUCUGGAGCAGAGGGCUGCUGCCGCAAGGGAGGCAAAAUCAGACCCUAUCGCUCAAAGAAAUGCCUCAUUCACUCCUCUAGAAGAUGUCUGGAAAUAUAUCUCAGAGCUCGGUAUCAGUAAGGUCCAACUAUCGAAGGAGGACAUAGAAACCAUCCUGAACACUCUGAUAUACGACGGGAAGGUAGAGCGCUCCCUGGUGGCGGGACAAGCCACAGCCAGCGGGGACGGUUACGUAAAGCUGUACCGAUCAGUCCAACCGCUCAUCCCCACCACGGGGCUGAUGAGAAUGCCGUGCGGAGCCUGUCCUGUGUUCGACCAGUGCUAUGAGGGUGGAGCAGUUUCACCGACUACCUGUGUUUAUAUGAAGGAGUGGCUGGAGAUUUGACUGUUAUCUUGUUUAGUGUAAUAAAUAAUUGUUUUCCAAUAACAGACGUUAGUAUUUCAUUUUUGCAGUAUUAAAGGUCUAGUUCAUUUAUUUUGUGAGUCUGGGUCCUGUUGUGAAAACUAUUUGAGUUUUUGUACGACUACACAGAGCCAUAUCAAAAAUCAAAGCCCCAAAAAACCCCCAGAAAAGAUGCUCUUCUUUGCCAUUUAUGUAUAAUUUAAUUUAUAAAAUUUAUUAGUUGAAUUGCACCUGAAUACACAUUGCUAAGAAUUAUUUAACAAAUAUAUUGGGUACAUGAAGAUAUAGUAAGUAUAUAAAUGUAUUAUGAAAAGAUUUCAAAAUGCACAUUAUAUAUGUAAAAAAAUAAUUUCAAACAAAAUAUUUAAAAAAAAUUGUCAUGUCUGUUAAAGUGCACAUGUAUUCAAAAAGACAGUAAAGCAUAUUCGCCAUUUAACUGAAACAAAAUGAUUGUCAUGUAAACAUUUAACCUGCAACGUUUUUUUGAUGUCAUUAUACAUGUAAAAUGUAAAAAUAUUCACUAUUGAGACAUUGAAGAACUCGAUCUCUGUAUCUCUUAUCAACCGUAAUUUUUCAAAGGAAAGUUUUGAUCCAACAUUUCUGUGGUUUUCCAUAUGUAACUAAAGCUUUGGGAAGGGUAUUACAAAUACACAAGUUGAUAAAAUCAUACCCCAUCACAAAUCGUACUAUUUGAUUGUAAUACAUUUAUCCAGUACAUAUAAAAACUAAACGGUAAUCAUUAGGCAAAUUCCUUUCCCAAAAAUCUAUGUACAUAAUAUAAUAUUAAAAUUUGAUCAUAUAUAUUAUCAAUAAUUGUACCAAUCCAAUUAAACAAUGAUAUAAAAAUUUUCUUUGACAAAAAACAUUAAACCUGUACAUGCAUACCAUUAGGUGAUUAUUCUGUUUGGCUUAAUUAGAAUGUUAAUACUGUAACAAAGAUGCCAAAAUUAAUUCUGUGGAUACUUAUACAGUGAAAAAUUUGGAAAUUCCCAUACUUAUCCAUGUCAAAAUAAAUGAUAACAUGAACUACAUACCGUAGUAUCUUAACCUGCAAAAAUAACCUGCCUGCUUUAUGGAUAUUCGU